AUGCAAGGCUUGCCCGGUAGUCCUUUCCAGUCAUCACAGAGGGGUUUCUCCAUCUCCACUAUGCAGAGUACAGAGAGCGAGGCAACUGAGAUGAACCCCAGCGACGCUCAGGCUGAGAUAUUGCGCAGGGUCAGUAGAAGAAAUGACGCGUCAAGUCAGACGGGUCUCUCGUCUUUCAAGAAAAGCUUCUCACUUAAAAGGGCAGCCACUUCGGCAAAACCAGCUAGUGGACCGUCACAGGACACGUUGACUGACGUUCUUGAAGAAGUUGCUGCAGAAGGUAGCCUUUCUCUCGUCAAAGCAGUCAUUAGUAUGGGAGCCGAUCCUAUAUAUCGAUCAAUCGGUAAAUUGAAAAGACUGAAGCACGAAGCUUUAGCAAAGGCUACCUUGAGUGGACGAGCAAAAGUGGUCGACUAUCUUUUGAGGGAAGGGGCCACUUACGGAGAGACCGCGAAGAGAAGUGACUAUACUCCAAUGGAUCGCGCGAUGCUUGCAGCUGCCUACAAAGGGCACGCGGAUCUCAUCAACUGCCUCGUAGCGUCGCAUGGAGUAAACCCAAUGGUUGAGCAAUGGCCGAGGGAGAUGUAUGACGCCCAACACUACUGGGCGGAAAACCAAGUCAGACUUGCGAAAACUAGCCUCCUCGAUGGCCUUUCUAAAUGGAAGAACGUUGAUCAAGGCACAAACACACUAAAACUCAUUAUGCAGCAUGAAAAGUUUGAUCCAACGGCUCUAAUUUCCGGCGUAUUCGAUAAUAAGAGCGAGCUGCAGAGCGCUGAGUUUGGGCAUCGCCCAUGGCAGACGACGUAUGAGUACUCGGUGCUAGCUUGCUUCGUCCGCGCUGGAUGGGCAGACGCGGUGGAAGAGAUGUUGAGCAUAAAGGGAAAACCGAAACAAUAUGAAAAAGAAGACGAUGUCUUACAAUAUCAAGGAAAGGUCACCCGCUAUGUGUCACCAAUCAAUGCGUUGACGAAAGAAACAUGGAGCAAGCGACCAGAGGACGCACUUCGCAUACUAAGACUUUUGAUCGACAGAGGCUUUGAUCUAUGUCUCGCACAACGCACCGCCACCGAUCUGGGGGUGCGAACAGCGAUCGGGCGAGCGAUUUCAGCAGACGCUGCCCAAGGAGUCGAACUUAUCUUGCAGGCCCAAGGCGGGCUAGUACGAGAAGACGUCUUCUUCCGUCGAAACAGAAGAGAGAUAAAUGCUCUACCACUAGCUGCUGCUCUUUCGUUCAACUCUCUAGAAGCGGCGCGUGUGCUACUUCGCGCUGGCGCGCAUCCUCGAGAUCCAGCGUUUGAUGACAUGAACGUACUGCAGUUCGCCGCCUAUCACAGUAGUGCAACCAAUUCUUCGAUGCUUACGGAAAUGAUUGGCCUUGCCCCGGAACUAACGUACGACGCGUUGAGUUUUGCCAUCAACGGCAUCAACAAAGAUGCAGUACGUGUGCUUCUGGACAACAUCUCCGCAGCCGCUCGACGCGAACAGAUCGCCGCUCUGCCGCCUAUUCACGAUAUGCUUCUCCACUGCACUCCUCCCACCAAACCGGAGCUCAAAACGCAAUACCUAGAGCUCAUCGACAUGAUCGUGCAGUGGGACGUUGGAUACGCGCUACAAUGUCCGCAACUUCCGGCAAUCUUGUCGGCAAUUCGAAAAGACAACUACAUUGGUAUGGAGAAGCUGCUUCAACUUGGCGUAGUAGAUGGCAGCAGCCUAGUGUUGAACAGUAGAGCGCAGCCGCGUGGGGAGUUGGGUAUGUGGACUAUGUUGGAAUGUUGUGAGUUGACAGACAGGAGUUCGGAGUGGUUGGGCCUAUUGAGGAACUUUGGGGCGCCAUUGUAUCAUUGA